AUGGCUGAAACUAUCACCACACCAAAUGUUGAGUCAGACAAUGAAGCUUACGAUGAAGAAUAUGAACAACUUAACCAAGAAUGCAAGGAACUACUACUUUCACUUCCCAACAGGAAGGGAUGGGUUACCUCAUAUGUUUAUCUUUACCAAGGCAUUUGGUAUGCGCCGGCUACUAUUCAAGGUAUAUGCUCUUUUCAAAGGCACUUUCAAGCAAAAGACAGUGAUAUUGUUAUUGCCACCUUGCCAAAAUCUGGUACUACUUGGUUGAAGGCGCUUACAUUUGCUAUUGUGAAUCGUAAACUUUUCUCUCCUUCGCAGAGGAACCAUCAUUUGCUUAAUUCCAAUGCACACGAGCUUGUUCCUUUCCUUGAGUUCCAUCAUUAUGCAAAUAACCAAAUUCCUGAUCUCUCCAUCAUUCCCGAAACCAAGGGUUUUUGGCACACAUGUUCCAUUUCAUUCAUUGCCAAAUUCAAUUACCAAUUCCAAAUGCAAGCUAAUCUACAUAUGUCGAAACCCUUUUGA